AUGAAUAGACCUACUCGACCGGACUCCCUCGACUUGCAGCGGCAGCCACAUCAUCAACAACAAACUUCUCUCGCCCACAAAAGAAGUCAGAGUAAUGGAUCAAUAGAUAACCCCCUAAGCUCCUACGGAUCUUCUAUCAUCUCGAUGGGCUAUCCGCUCGCUUCAGUUACUCCGGAAUCGGCUUAUAUUGCCGCAUCCGCCGCCACAGGGAUUGUGACAAGUAAUCAUGAGAGUUUUCUACAGGACGAGGGAAUACUUGGUCCUGGAUCUCCUACCAUUCUCGUUACGGCACCCUCAUUGAAGCUCAUCAACCAAUUUCUUGACUUUCUCCUCUACGAGUUCCUUUCCUCCGCCAGAUCAACCUCACUCAGGCUCUUGAGGCCAGCGGUUGAGGAGGUUCUUCGUUGUCGACUUGCAAAUGAAGCUAUUUCUGGCGCUGAUCAGGAGCUGACCUCCUAUCUUGGAGGAGGGAAUGAGGAGGACGAUGAAUAUUUCGACGAACCGCAGGAAACGACCGGAACAUGGGAUCUGGAGGGGACAUGGAAGAAGACCAGGUUGCGGUGCAUGGUUUACUCGUCUCUGGGAGAUUUGGAGGAGGAGGAUGAGGCCGUCCAUUCUGGAGCUGGUCUUGAGGGGUCGGUCGGAGCUCAGCAAUACAAUGCUCACAGUGCUAUGCCCGGCAUUGUUUCGCCGGCCGUGGCAAUCUGGCUCACCUCUGUUUUGGAGUUUGUGGGCGAGCAAACACUGCUCGUUGCUGGCCAUGCAGCCAUCAACCGCUUUGCUCAGAAACUACCUAUCAAUGAGGCCGGAGAACCGACCAACACUGACACUACUGAGAGGCCAAUUGUUGAGGAGUUGGAUACGGAGAAGGUGGCCCUGAACCCGUCGCUCAGCCGACUAUGGCGACAAUGGCGCAAGCGAGUGCGGGGAAGGAGUUCGUUCUCUAUUCCCUCCCUACAACGCCAUGAGAGACGAGCUAGUACCUCCAGCCGGACGAGUGCGAGCAGUCUCACGACGGGAAACAUUCUGAGGGGUGAAUCCUCUGCGACCAAGAGCACAUUUGAAGGGGAUGAGGCGCCUGUGGUAGCAAUGGACAAAGAACCAGAGAUAGGGGACGAUGCUGCUGCCCUUGAGGCUAACAAGGAAGCAUUGUUAUCUCCGAUCGUCGAAGCCGCCCCUCCAGCCGAUGGAGAUGCCGAGGGGCCCGAAAGCCACAAAGUUGAACCGAUGAGUGUUGAUGAGCUAAUGGUAGGUGUGGCAUUUUUCUUCCCCAAGUGCGGGGGAAAAGGAAGGGUUCUGGUCUCGUGCCAUCGGUCCCUGGUGUGUUCUAUGCUAACGUGUCUAAGGAAUUGGAAAUCGCGGAUAAAUUGGAAAAACGCCGUCCGCAAAGCUUGAUCCUUUUGCCCCGGACUACGGAGUCGCCCUUUGUUACUCGCUCGCCUGGCAUUAAGCGACCUUCCUCACUGCCGGAUCUUACUCGUGGGGAUUUCCCCGACCCGGUCGUUGAAGAUGAGAAAGAAAGGACAGAUUCAGACAACACCGUGAUAGCCAAAAGUGAAGUGGAGACGGGCGAGGUGGCAGAGGCCGACCGAGCCCCCCGCACACCAGCGGAGAAGCAGCAGGACUGCCCUGCUGAAUCGGGCAAGGAAUUGGAGUCCGCGGUCGAAACGUGUGAACGAUCGGACCGCUCCAUCGUUAACGAGGAUUCAGGUUUCGUGAUCGUGGGGGUGGCACCGCCUGAGCGUCACUUCUCGAAAGGUGGAACUAUUGAAACCGAGUCACUUGAAAUCACCGAAAAUGUUGUCUUAGUAUCCGGAUGUGACGAGGAUCUUAGUGGUAAAAUUGGGGUUGCCCACACAUCAGAUGUCCUUGUGGCACCGUCAGCAUCUUUGUCUCCCUGGCGAGCUCGUUAUGAUGAGGUAGAGGAAACGCCGCAUCAGGAGGAUGAGGUGGGAAAGGCUCCGGCUAGCCCGGUAACUCACGCUGCUGCUCUUCCUUCGGACGUUGAGUCAGCGCACCCCGCCGGAAUUGUCGAAACUCCGCAAUCUACAGAAGAUCAACCUCCUCCGGUUCCCCAGAAGGCAGCGAGGCGCCUCUCAACUGCACCUGUGGCGGACGAUCAGACCGAGGUAGUAGAUGGCGUUGUCAUUCCGGAUGACGAGACGCUAGUGGUGACUAGCCGGAAAGGUUCUAGAACAGAAGCCUCGAUCCAUCCGGCCGCUCCUCUUGGGAAUGAAAAUCCUUCGCACUCUAAAAAGGGGUCGUCGAGCAGCAAGCAUUCUCAAUACUCUCAACUCUCGGAUAGAAAGAUUGGCCAACUUACCCUGGUCAAGCCUUCUUCCAGCAGCGGUAUCUCGAUAUCAUCUGAACGCGCAAAUGGGGUGCGGGUGUGGACACCUCCGACAACGCCAGACAAGUCUCGUCGCUCCUCAAGCUUUAGCAAGGCCCAGCGCCCAAUAUAUUCCUCUGGUUCUAGUACGUCGCAGUCGGCGAGGUUGGCAGAUAUGGAUGAGAGAGAGCGUAGCUUUGAGGAAUUGAUUUCUCGUCGUGAUCCAAUUCGCUGCACAAUCACCCCUGACCCGAUCAGGAGAAUAGAGGUACGGCUUGCAUGAUUGCGUGAGAUUUAGGGUCGCUCAUAACUCUUGAUUUAGGGAUCCCCACGCUCCCAGACACAGACUGCAGAAUUAGCGGACUUCCUGCGCAAUACCGGACCGGAUGGCACGGAACGUCCACGCACUGUAACACCGAAUAAAUCGGGGUCACGCCCUCCAUCCGCAAGAUCCAAGGCGAUCAUUCCAGCCGGUGGUGAUAGCAUCACCCUGGCACUAUUCCGUUCGGCAGGCCCCCCUCCCAUUACCCCUUCGGCCUUCACUAGCCCUCUGCCGCCACCUAGCCAACCCGAUGCCGCACUUCAGGCUGUGAAAAUUCCUAGCGUGUUUGGGCCUGUGCCUAUCACAAUAACUCCACGGGCUGACAGCUUCCGUUCAACGCCUCUUUCCUCUCCCGGUGGAAUCACAAUUCCAGCCGUCAUGAAACAACAGCGGUCUGAUUCGUUAUCGACUACACAUUCGCGGCUAAAGCAUCGUUUGGUCGCCCGCGAUGCGAGUGGAUCUAGCAGCAGUGCUUCUACAUCAGCAUUGGCUGACUUCUUCCGCAACACAACGCCACCUGCUGACGGGGAACAAACCGUCCAACGACGCAUAUCCCGUAGUGUUGCUCCUUUCCGCAACACGAUGGAUUCGGCUCAAUUCGACGCCACUCGAGAUCCUGAACGAACUGGGGCGACGGAUUCAAUUGCCAAUGGCCCUGAGUUUGUAGUGAACGCCGCGCACGAGGAUUCAUAUCAGUCUCCCUUUUCCUCCUCUACUGCUCUUCUUCGGAGCAACUCUGAGAAAGCUCACGAUUACGGAAGUAUGCCACCACGGCGAAGGCAGACUAGGGUUAGGGACUCGUACACGAUCGAGGUCGAUGAGCUAGAUGAUGACCUGGAUCUAGAUGGGCUCGAAUCGGUGAUUCCUAGGAGGAAAGAAGAAGAGAGUUUGAUUGACUUCCUGAGAAAUGUUCCGCCACCACCCCAACCUCCAACUCCCCCGGAGGACCCCAAGGACAAGAUGGUGCAAAAGAAGAAUAGUUCAGUCAGCUUGAUGGGUCGGCUCGGCCGCUCAUCAAUCCGCAAGAACUCCAUCGCUUCAAACUCAGACAGGGUCAUCCCCAUGACCCCCCAGCUCCUCGCUCUACCAGAUGGACCGGGAAAACACGUCCCAUUGCUCUCAGACACAGACCACAUGUCACCGCGCCACCCAAGCAAUGCACCGCCACCGUCGCCGUUGUCGCUCAUGCGCCAUGACUCCUACCGGCCAACUUCCAAUCUUAGAGAAAACCGGGUGAUGGGCAACGGUGGCGCGCAAGUAAGGACCCAGUAUCAAGCUAGGGGUGCCCGAGUAGAGCGAGAUGACACACACAGCUUGGUGGACUUCCUAAGGUACACCCCGCCUCCGCAGUCCAUGCAUCCGGAUGCUUCUCAGUCGAUACAUAAGGAGGAAGGAGGUCCUCCGAGGUUUAAGCUCUCGUUUGGGAGGAAGCUGAAGAGGAAUGAAGUGUAUUAGGCUUCAUGUUUUAUUUCUCUACUUUCCAUUCUCCUUCCCAGUCCUUCAUUCUGUGUAAUGACGUUUUCCCUACUUGCUCCUUUUUUGCGCCUUUCUUGCUUUAUGUUCUUUUAUUCUCUUGCUUUGCUCAUACUCUUUCUCCCUUUUUAUCUGUCGGGCUCAUAAAUCUGUCUGGAGAAGUGAGGGAGGAAAGGAAACCUUAUCCCAUUAUUCUCGCCAUUUUUCCCGACUUACUCAAUUUGGCUUUAUCCUUGGCUUUCUCUAUCACUGCCUUUGGUACAAUCUCCACUGCUUCGUGUGGGAUUUAGUUUUCCUUUUGUUCUCCCUCUUCAUCGAAAAGUCCUUGUUCUCUUCUCACUUUUCCCAUUUUUUCCAUAGCGUAAUGCAACGGGGUUAGAGGUGGUUAUAUUUUCUUUCUUUUUUGGCUUUGCGUUUUUGCUUGCUGACUUAUUGUAUGGUGACAUGCGUUGGGGUUCACACUCUCUGUUCCUUCCUUUCUUUCUUGUAGAUAUACUAUUUUUUCUUGAACCGAUUGAGUAAGUGACUUGGAAUAUUUUUGGAAUCGAAUGGGAAUGGAGAGUUUUGAGUCAAGUUUGAUGGAGUCGCGGUGUGUCACUCGGUCUCAAAUUCUCGAUCGGUUGUUUGGUUGAUUUGGACUUUAGCGGGUGCGAUAUUUUAUUUUUUUGGGUGGCGGAGAGUCGGGCGGAGAAUGAAAUCCGGGGGCGUAUUGUUGUACUCUCAGGCCACGCUGCGCUAGAAAGGCACGCCUUUCUCCUUUUAUAUAGUAGCCGAGUGGUAUCGUGUAUGGUUCGUAAAUGGGCGCCGGAGGGCAUACUCGAGUAUACACAGCGACAAGCAUAAUACCGUGGCUCACCUCUGAUUUGUGUGCGGAGAAUCUCGGCAUCCGCUCCUUCUGCGCCAUCCCCGUCCUUGCACCAUAAUUCUUCCGCUCGAAACCAACCCACGAACCUACUUUACUGUAUCGUGUGAAGUAAAAAUAAUAAUACAAGGACAAAUGGCGAUGAUUCUUAACCGAUAGCAGGAACUUUAUUUUUUCCCUUUUUCCCCCCCU